CACGCGUGUGUUUGUGACUAUUGCUCUGCCAUUUCAAUAUGUAAACUGUGGGUGGUUGAUCUCCAAUGGUGACACUUUUGUUUCCAUGCUAAUACUUUCUUUUAUUCGCUGUGAUGGCUUUGUUUACGCACGGUUUAUAUAGAUAGGAUGACGACACGAACGUUUAUCUGUCUCUGAGGAGCACAACACCAGUGAUUUUGCAGAACCUCUUGAGAUUGAUGUCCCUUGCCAUGAGUUGUCUGGAUGUUAUGUAUCACCAGAGUUAUGGAGCAGCUCAUCAUUACUUGCCGGCGACACCAGCAGCGGCAGCGGCAGCUUACAGGGCGGCGUAUCAGCAACAGCAACAGAAGAAGCUCAGUGCUUACAGUAAGAUGCAGGAAUCUAUGAAUAUUUCCGCACACUGUGCCCAAGGGAGGCAAGUACAGAAGCCGGAGAUCCAUAGGGAGGAGGUGCCAGGGGCAGACGGAACAGGGCUGCAGGGGAAGGAGACACAGCCGGCCGAGGCUGAGUACCUUAGCUCCAGGUGUGUGGUCUUCACCUACUUCCAAGGAAACAUUGGGGACGUGGUGGAUGAACACUUCUCCCGCGCUCUGAGUAGGCCUAGUGCUUUCACCGGUGAUGCAAAGCCCUCAAAGCUUUCAACGGGACCACUAUGGAAAGAAGGCGGCCCUCUCUCAGACAGUCACUGUGGGAGCAGUUUACCCCCCACCCUGUGGAGCAGUAGCUACCCCUCCCAGACGGCACCCUGCCUCUCCACAGUGCACCCGGACUUCUCCGCUGGAGCUGCCUUUCACCCGACAGACCCAGCAGGCAUCUGGAGUGGGCACGGCCUCCCACAGCUCAGCCUCGCCCCCGCAGCGAGCCUCUCUGACUCCUGGCCCUAUGGUCUGAACCCUCAGGGUGGUGCCAGUUACCACCCUCACGUGCACGAUCUCUACAGCCAUCAUGUGCACCCACGCCAUGCCCACCCUCACAACCACACCCACCCUCACAUGCUGCCCCACAGCCCCAGCCUGGAACCCUGCUUCAGCCCUCUGCUCCUCCAUCCUGCCCGACCAUCUUGCAGCCCCGUGUCACACACUGAUGCGGCCAAGACAGACCUGGAAGCUGGGAGCACACAACCCUCUAGCUGGCAGACCUUUCACAGCUCCGUGGAUAUUUUUGAAACAGCACUAGAACAGGACAAAGUCAAAGCAGCUGUUUGGUUCUGAAUGGAUGAAUGGAUACCUACCGCCCUGGGGCUGAGGCAGUCCUGAAUUAGAUGGCCCAAGCUUCUUUUUGAACAGACCCUCUCCUGUAAAUGACCUCCACUAUUUCAAGGAAUGAAUUCAAAAAGGAAAAUUCUGUCUCUCUUUCAUCAAUAAGGCUCACAAAGCAAUGUCCUCCGGACAAGAGAAGUGAUUUCAUUCCAAAAACAUUCCUUGACCGAGAUGAAUCUCUGGACUGGUGUAUGUGCAUGCACCAUCCGCGGGAUGAAGAUUCCAGGAAGACAGCUUUUCCACUUGGCCUUUUAAAGAGCUAUCUCAAAUGAAGGAUGUUACUGAGAAUAGAACUUGAAAGGUAUAUUUUACUACCUUUAUACAGAAUGGUCAUAUUGUCUUGAUUAAUGGGAUGCCAUUGCAGUUUUGUAUAACUAUCAAUUGGUUCUGUUAAAAGAACUGCCUCUUGUUGGGACACAUAAAUUGUAUGUUUAUAUGAAGGACUGGUAAAUGAGUGGUAUAUGUGUUCAUGUUUGUAUAGGUGUGUAUAUACGUACAUUUGUAAAUAAUGUCUAUUUACUGUAAUAUAUCUUGUUAUAUAGGUCUUCUUAGCAGAAGUGUUAAUUAUGUUCUGUGUUGUUGUGCCUUUGUUGGAAACGAUGAUGUCAUUUUAAAGCUAAAAAUAAAUUGCUGAGUUGUAUUGGCAAUGAUUCUUAA